GUUGCCUUGUGAAUCAAGCGCCAUAGUCACCGUAGUCCUGGCGACUGUUACCCAUCAACAACAACCGCUCCUCUCCUCCUCCUCCUCCUCCUGCUGCUGCUCCUCACCACCCCCAUCCUCACCCCCUUCCUCAUCAUCACCCACAACAACAACAUCCACCAGCAAGAGCAACAACAGCAACACCACAGCCCUGCACAGCCCAGAGACCACGAUGCAGACAUCAGAGACUGUGUCGGACACAGGUUCAACAGUGACUUUACAGACAUCUGUGGCUGGCCAGGCAGCAGUGCCCACGCAGGUAGUACAGCAAGUACCAGUACAGCAGCAGGUACAGCAGGUGCAGACCGUGCAGCAGGUACAGCAUGUCUACCCAGCACAGGUGCAGUAUGUGGAGGGAAGUGACACGGUCUACACAAAUGGAGCAAUCCGAACAACAACUUACCCUUACACAGAAACCCAGAUGUAUAGCCAAAACACCGGGGGGAAUUACUUUGAUACGCAAGGAGGUUCUGCACAAGUGACAACAGUGGUCUCAUCUCAUAGUAUGGUGGGCUCUGGAGGGAUUCAAAUGGGUGUCACAGGAGGACAACUCAUUAGCAGCUCUGGAGGGACCUAUCUGAUUGGCAAUUCAAUGGAAAAUUCUGCUCAUUCAGUGACUCAUACAAUGCGGGCCUCCCCAGCUACAAUUGAAAUGGCGAUUGAGACACUGCAAAAGUCUGAUGGUCUGUCCACUCACAGAAGCUCUCUUCUCAACAGCCAUCUCCAGUGGCUCUUAGACAACUAUGAAACAGCAGAAGGAGUCAGUCUCCCUAGAAGUACGCUUUAUAAUCAUUACUUACGACACUGUCAGGAGCACAAGUUGGACCCAGUCAAUGCUGCCUCCUUUGGAAAACUCAUAAGGUCAAUUUUCAUGGGGCUACGGACCAGGAGACUAGGAACCAGGGGGAACUCCAAAUAUCAUUACUAUGGGAUUCGUGUCAAGCCAGAUUCUCCUCUUAAUCGGCUACAAGAGGACAUGCAAUAUAUGGCUAUGAGACAACAACCCAUGCAGCAGAAACAGAGGUACAAGCCUAUGCAGAAAGUGGAUGGAGUUGCAGAUGGUUUCACAGGAAGUGGUCAGCAGACAGGCACAUCUGUUGAACAAACUGUAAUUGCCCAAAGUCAACAUCAUCAACAGUUUUUGGAUGCAUCUCGAGUACUUCCAGAGUUUGGAGAAGUUGAAAUAUCUUCUUUGCCAGAUGGUACUACGUUUGAGGAUAUCAAAUCACUGCAGAGUCUUUAUAGAGAGCACUGUGAGGCAAUAUUGGAUGUUGUAGUGAAUCUUCAGUUUAGCCUGAUAGAAAAAUUGUGGCAAACGUUCUGGCGCUAUUCUCCCUCCACUCAAGCUGAUGGCACUGCUAUUAGUGAACCAAGCAAUCUGAGUGAAAUAGAAAGUCGACUUCCGAAAGCAAAGCUGAUUACUCUGUGCAAAAAUGAGACUAUUCUGAAAUGGAUGUGUAACUGUGACCAUGUGAUGUACCAGGCUUUGGUGGAGAUUCUCAUUCCUGACGUCCUUAGACCUAUUCCUAGUGCCUUGACCCAAGCCAUUCGCAAUUUUGCAAAAAGCCUUGAAGGUUGGCUUUCUAAUGCCAUGAACAAUAUUCCACAGAGAAUGAUACAAACCAAGGUUGCCGCUGUAAGUGCCUUUGCCCAGACUCUGCGAAGAUACACAUCUCUUAAUCACCUGGCUCAGGCAGCUCGUGCUGUGCUUCAGAACACUUCUCAAAUCAACCAGAUGCUCAAUGACCUCAACCGUGUUGAUUUUGCCAAUGUCCAGGAGCAGGCUUCCUGGGUAUGCCAGUGUGAUGACAACAUGGUUCAGCGACUAGAAACCGACUUCAAGAUGACUCUUCAGCAGCAGAGCACUCUGGAGCAGUGGGCUGCCUGGCUCGAUAACGUAAUGAUGCAAGCAUUGAAACCAUAUGAAGGAAGACCCAGCUUUCCUAAAGCAGCACGGCAAUUUCUGCUAAAAUGGUCUUUCUACAGCUCAAUGGUUAUUCGAGACUUAACCUUGCGCAGUGCUGCUAGCUUUGGCUCUUUUCAUCUGAUCCGCCUGCUUUAUGAUGAGUACAUGUUUUACUUAGUAGAACAUCGUGUUGCUCAGGCAACAGGAGAAACACCUAUAGCAGUUAUGGGAGAGUUUGGCGACUUAAAUGCUGUUUCCCCUGGAAAUAUGGAUAAAGAUGAGGGCAGUGAAGUUGAAAGCGAAAUAGAUGAAGAGCUAGAGGAAUCUGGAGAGCCACAAGCCAAGAGAGAGAAAACAGAGCUAACCCAGGCAUUUCAGGUGGGCUGCAUGCAGCCAGUACUAGAGAGUGGAGUACAGCAGAACCUCCUGACCCCACUUCACAAUGAGCACAUUGUCACAAGUACUCAGACUAUCAGACAAUGCAGUGCUACUGGAAAUACAUAUACUGCAGUCUAACAAAAUAUUAAAGCUUUUUUUCCCCCAGAUUACAUUAGCCCUGUUGAUGUUGGGCUUAAUAUGAAAAAACGAGAAUAAGUCUGAAGGCGACUGUUGUCAAAUUUUAGCUUUGCUGAACAUUACCUUUGUUGGAGUUGUGAAAUGGAAUGGGUGUAUGUAUUUUGCCAGAUCUGUUUAAAAAAAAUUUUUUGUAAACAAAAUCAUUUUACAUUGUUCACUCAAUAUUAAGAGUUUUCUUAGUUUCACAUGUCAAGAAGGAUUUUGCAAAGCUUACUAUUAAUGUUUUUGUCCUCUUAUAAUUAAAGUAAUUUAAUUUUUUCAUAGUUUUUUUUAAAAUGUUAAUGUUAAUUGUUAGUUAUGGUGAUGAUUUAAUAUACAUAGUUUUUUAAUUAGAUGCACUUCUGUGAAAUAUCAAAAGAAAUAUUUUCUUUGAUUUACACUGGAGGCAUAUUCAUUUGACAGCAGAUGCAUCAAAUUUGUCAUAAAAAGGUGCUUUUCAUUGGAAAGAACUAGAAGACACUACUAUUUUGAUCACAUUUCUGAGCAUUCAGUGGGAAAGUUUUAGGAAUUUUUAUUAUAAUGCUGGAGGGUUGGGAAGAUCUAUUGUUUUCUUUAUCUAAGGAAGAGUUGUGUUUUCUGCAUUCAUGAAUGCAGACUAAAUGAGAGAAUGGUAAUGUGUACGUAAUAAAUGUACAUAAUUAUCAGACCAUCACGUAAACAAUGCAAACUUCCAUUGAAAUCAUCAGUUUUACAUUUUAUUUGCAUACCAGUUCCUCUGUUUGAAGACUACUGAUUCUAUAUUUGAGACCACUGCACAGAUGCUUUCAGCUGUUAAGUGGGACUGUAGUAGUUAGAUACUGAAGUUGAAAAAGAAGUGACUUGAUUUUUUUAAGUGUAUGUGCUACUUAUGCUGAACUGGACAUACAGGAAACCAUUCCAUCUGGAUGACUUUCUUCUAUUCCAGGUCUUUUUCCUACUAGUAGUUGAAUCUGCUGCUCUUAUAAAAGAUAACUUAUAGAAUGCAAGGAAUGUAGCAACCUGCAUCAUAUUUACUUCAAAAAUAUUUCCUGGUUCUUAAAGUAAGUGGAUUUAAAUUUUUACAAAAAUUAAAUAAGGCAGUGUAACUGGCACACCUCAUUUGUACUUAUUCCCAAUUGUGUAGAAUUUGAAUAGGUGGCUAGAUGGACCAUUGCCAUUUAAGAAUGUACAUCAGGGAUCAUUGUACCUCGGCUAUUACAUGGUGCCUUAAACAGAACUGAAGCUAAGAUUUAAUACUUUUUGUUAUUAAUAACUCUUAAAUUCAUUCAACAAGGUGUGCCUGUCAUUUUCAAAUUCCCUAAGAAGUAAGGGCAGGUUACAUAUUCUUCAAAGAAAUAAAGGAAAUUUUUUAUUACUAAAUGGUGUUAAUAUCCCUCUUAGAGUGACAAUAAACCUAUUUUUUCUUGUUUCUAGCUGAAUUUCACUUUAUUACAAAUGAGAUAUGCUUGGGGAUCUGGAAAGCAAAACUAGCUUUAAUGCCAACUUCAAAUGUUAACAAAGUAGGUUAACCCCAGCCCCAAGCAUGGUUAUAUAUUUUCUAAACCCUUGUCUACUUUUAAUUUUAGAAAGUAAACAAAAUGAGCAGGUACUUAAUGCAGAGCAUGUUUUCAAUUUGUAUGUGUGGUGGGGUGUCAGUCUGCAAUUACGUUUAAUGGCUAAAUCAUAGAGAAUGUGUGUACAUCCCAUUUUAAUUGACAUGAAACAUCCCACAGGCAUGUGUGAUUAUUUUAUACAUUUCAUUAUUUUUAAAACAGGCACACAAAUCUACUCAGUUCUAAUAGUGGAAAUAAACAAGCAAGCAAAAAAGCCAAAAAUGAAGGAAAGCACACACAAACAUUUCAGUUUUAUUGAAAGGGCCUGUUGGGAAAAAAAAACUAAGGAGUUAUUUAGUCUGGUUUAUUUAGUGUGUCUGUGAACUGAUCUUUUUUACAUGUACCAAAUGGCUAAACAGCAUGUGAGAUGAACAGUAUAUUUAUAGCAUACAUCUUUCUUGCUAGAGUUUUCAUAUGUUCCAAAAACUGAUACAGAUUAAGUAAAUUUUCUUAAUACACUAGUAAACAUUUUUAAUGUAUAAAAUAAGUAUAAAUUACUGUACUUUGCAGAAUUUGGGGCCCAAUUUUCCAUGCUUUACAGCUCGCACCAGUCAAUGCGUGUUUUCCCUGAGUAGAGAGUGCAAGAUAGGGUUUGUCAUUUACAGUAUUUGAAAUUUAUGCAAGCUCUAACUUUCAUAGGUUUUGUUCACCCAGCUAUCAUUUGGGUGUCCUGUUGUGUUUUUUUUUUUUUUCCCAUACAAAAGAGUGUGUCUGCACCCCUCAUUAAAAAAAACUAAGCUGUGAUAAAUAUUUAUUCCCCUUCAUUGUUCAUUAUGAACUGUUUACAGGUUAAAUUAAAUAUAAAAAUAACAAAAUAUUUUCCAUUUUCAACGUAGUUUCUUUUAAUGCUCUAAUACCAAUGUUCUGAAUUGGACCAGCUAUAUUUACUGGUUUCAUCUUUUGUGUUGGCAAACCUUAAAUGUUUUCUUGUCAUUGUCCUGUAUUGUUUUAAUGUUCGAUUUGCUCAUGCUGAGAGAAAAGUGUGAUUGUAACAUGCAAAUUUGGAUUACUAUCAGAGGUGGAGCCUGUAAGUCCUCCAUGAUUCAACUUCUCCCCCCAGUUGUUCACUGUUCCCACUGUGCAAAAAAUAAGAGUAAAUACAAAAAUGGAAUGUAUUUCACAGUUUGAACCAACAAUAAUUUUUAUGCCUUAGAUGAAAACCAGAACGUUUGUUGAAUCUGAAAAUCUAACAUGCCAGAAAUCCUAAUUAACUAGAGGUGAUCUGAAAAAGUGUGUUAUUUAUCAAAAUAAAUUGGAAUAAUGACAUGUUCAGUUAAUUUAAUGAAAUAGAGUUUGUAUUCCCAUGUUUAUAAUUUGAUUACAGUGUCAAUUUUAAAUAACAUUUCUAUCACUUUCUUACAAGAUCUCUCCUUUAAUGAAGUAAAAUACUGUGUAUAUUUACACGUUUGGGUGGUGUUUUGUGGGUUUCUGUUUUUGUUUUUUUACAUUUAAUGGAGUGGUAAUAAAUCAAUCAAUUUGCACACUUUUGCUAUUUGUUAAUAUAUGGGCACGGUUAAUGAUUUUUGGUAAAAACAGAGAUUUAAAAACCCUGUCCCCAGUUCUGCACUGUGUAGCAUGUGGCUGGACUUAAGUGCCAACCCUUAAGCCCGCUAACUUCAUUGGUGCUCUGGGGGAGUGCAACAGUUUGCCCACAUGCUACAAAUUGCAGGAUCAGUGCCUAUGUGAUUUGUGGAUUUUAUCUGAUCCAGACACUGAUUUCAGAAUAAUUAUUUAAAAAAUAUCCCUCUCCCCCUUUAGCACAAAUAAUGCAGUGAGCAAUGUGGGGGGUAUUGUUGAACCACUUUCUCAAAACACAGGGCCCAAUUUUCACAAGUUUUUAUAUGUAUGCAAAGUUGUUGGUACUUUUUCAUGUUUCUCAUUGUACACUAGAUUUAAAAUUACUUUUUGUCUCUCCAACUAGCUAUUCUUUUUGUGCUUACUCUUGUAAUGUAGCAUGUUUAAUGCAUCUUUGUUUAGAUAAUGUUCCUUACACAACAUCUGGAGAAUAGUUUUAAAAUUGUUUACCUAUAAAAUAAGCGAUGUGCAACAUUACUGCCUUGAGUUUCACAAAUGUUAAAAUCAAUAAAAUGCUGGUGUAUUGUCAUUCAGGAAUGUAUAGGUCUAUAUACAAAUUUGUUUAAUUUAAAACAAGGUAUUUUUAAAUGUCUGAAACACUGCUAUGUUCAAAUUAUUUUCAUUUGAAGACCUUAUCUGAUAUCUUUGUGGUUCUUACCAGAUGUCAUCUGCACUGUUUAGGAAAAGACAUAUAUUAGUUUAAAAUGGAUUGCAGUUGUUUCAUUUACAGAAGUGGUUUCACAGAACAAAAGAAUCAUUUAUAGUGAUAAAAAGAAAUCAAACUCUGUAGUAGUAGAACUCGUUUUUGACAGUAAUUUUAGAAUUUGAAAUAUUAAUUUGGGAGAGCAGUACUAAUUCCUGAAAAUUGGGCCCUUGUCUCUGUGGAACAGGACAACCUCUGUAUACAUGGUUAAAAUAAGUCAAUGAAUGGAAUUAUAGUAUUUCUGAUACUUUGGUGAUUUAAAAAAACUGGAAUAGAAGCAUAAACACAGUGCUUAUUUCUAGUAUUAGAAAAUUAAUUUGAUGUAAUGCCUUGCAUUAACCCUUUGAGCAUUGUAAGUCACAUGAUAAGGGGAAAAUCUUUUCAGGUAAUUUAAUUAUUAGGCUACUGAAGAUACUGUAUACAUCUAAGUGUCUGGUUAUGUUGCAACAAAUGUUUUUUUUCCCAAAGUAAAUACUUGCAUACUAUAUAGACUUUUGAAUUUGUUGGCUUGAUUGAUUUAGGCUAAAAUAUUCACUGCCAUCUAUGUAUACUGUCUACAGCAAAAUAGUACUUCAGCUCCUUUAGUUUCAUAAUCCCAUAAAUAUUUAAUGAAGGAGUCAAAUAUAUGGUCCUAUAGAUACAAGUUGUGAAGUACUUAAAAUGCCUUUAAAAGGUGGGAGUUUAGCAAAAAGGGUUAUUUUUAGACUAUUUUGAAAAUCUCAUUAGGGUAGCAUUGAAAAGCACCAGUACUGUAAAUGGAAAUCUUUAGGAAUAAAAACAGAACAAAACUGUCAUAAUAAGUAAGGAUGAAUUUUGCAGGACAUUUGAGAUGUUUGCAGUUAAAUUGUCUGCACAAUCUUUUGUAUACGCAAUUGCAAAAAGAACAUAAUUUUAUUUAUACCACUUCAACAUUUUGUCACUGUGAAAUGGCAUAUGGAUAACAAAGAAGAUAGAGGCACUUGGUUCAAGUUCAUCUGUGAAAGCACUUUUGGAUGGCCCUUACUGAGUGUCAGAAUUAAAAAAAAAAAAAAAAAAAACCUAUAAAUUUGCACCUGCAUUUUGGCA